AUGACCCUCAGCUCCGAGAUAGUCGUGCUACUCAACCACCUCACCAACUCGAUGAACAACGUCACCUCGCCGGGCCAGCACGCUGUCCUGUCCACCGACGAGCGCAAAGCCGCUAUGGAACACCUCAAAGCCAGCGUCGAGGUGCUAGCGUCGCUCGCCGAGGCUGUGCGUAUAGAUGCUGCGUCGCGAGGAGGCGCUGUAGCGGAGACGACUGAGAAAGGUGAGGAGGGUGCGGCGGCGGAGACGACUAAGAAGAAGGAGGAGGAGGAGGAGGUUGCGGCAAGAAAGACGACGGCGGGGAUCGUGUUUCAUUACCCUUGA